GUCAAUGUCAUAUUUUACAAUUUGUUUAUAAAAUGUCAAGAAAAGUGGGUGAAUAUUAGGAUACUAUUUACAAAAUGACCGCUACGGAGUUAGAGAAUGCUACAAAGACUUUUAAAUUUUCUUUUCCAACAUGCACGAACGAAGAUCUGUUAUUCAAAUUAGAAGUGCCUGUGGAGAUACCUUACCCAGGCUCCACGAGAGAGCUGGUGCAAAGAAUAUUAAAAAUGUUCCACAUUCCAGUAUAUUUGGAAGACGAGCUUAAUGAGAAAUUGGCUGAUUUUGUAUCAGAAGAAACAAGAAACUUUCACCACAAUCGUGAUGCUACACUGAUUGACCAAUUGAAGAACAAUGAAUUAGAUUUGGAAGGUAUUAUCAAGAAUUGGGAAAAGCAAUUUAAAAAUGUAGUUGACUUUGCUGAACAGAAGGGAUCUUCCGACGAGGAGGUAUUUGCUGCUGCUUACCACAAGCUGGUGCACUCCCCGGCUCUGGAGACUAUACUACAAGUAGAGAGCGCUUAUGCGAAGACUGUCAUGGACAUGAUUCAGAACAGGGAUGACGACAUCAGGAAGCUUACAAAGAGGCAAACAGAAGAAAUGGAAGAGAAAAUCCGCCUUCUGAACACUUCCACUACAGAAGAGGAAAUCAAUACAUUAGCAGCUAAGCAUUUUGAAGCUCAGAGCCUUGCAACAGGUCGGUGGGACUCACAGCUGGAUGCCUUGAAACACACACAGAGAGCAGAGCACCGCACCUGGCUCAUGAAUGCUAUCAAUGAAUAUCAGACUGAGGAGAAAAUUACUCCCAGCAACUCUCCCCUGUGUUCGUACGCGUCGCUGCCACCCGCGCCGACCGCUCCAGCCACCCUGCUGGAGGAGAGCUUCACCAUACACCUCGGCUCUCAACUCAAACAAACACACAACAUCAGGCUCGUAUGCGCAGACAUGUUAGACCUGUGCGCGCGAGACAGGACCGACGGUGGCCUGUCCCUGAGUCUAUACUCGAGCGAGUUGUCGGGGGCGGUGGUGGUGUGCGAGGGUCGGCCGUCCCGCUCACCCUUGACCAGUCUGCCGCGAGUCACCGACCAUCACUUCCCCGACUUGCACGACCAGCUGAGACGAAUAGAGGAGACGGUCGCCGACCCGGCGGAGACACGCAACAGAAGCCGCGGCGAGCGCGAGUCGCGGCGGCGGGCGCUGCGAGCGGGGGACGUGUUCGUGACGAGGCACAGCAACCUGUCCCAGCAUGUGGUGUUCCACCUGGUGGCGGACGAGGACGAGCUGCGCUCGGCCGAGCUGAGCUCGCGGCACCGCGCCGUGCUGGGGCUGCGCGAGGUGCUGCUCGCGGCGCAGCGGAACGACGUAGCCAGCGUGGCGCUGCCGCUGCUACUGCGGCGCGAGCUGGGCGAGGAUGCCACGGCUGCCUGGUGCCUGCGUCGCGCCGAGCUCGUGCUCAAAUGCGUCAAGGGGUUCGUGCUGGAGGCGAGCGCGGCGGGCGGCGCGCGCCUUAAGACGCUUACGGCCGCCGUACCGCGGGAGGCGCGCGCUCUGUUCCCCGCCCUGGCCGCACUGCUGCCCGCAGUGUUCCGCGUCGCCGGGCCGCUCCGGCCGAGACUACCCUCGCACGAAGCGCCACGGCCGAGAGUCUAGUGAUGCACGGCGGCGUCAAACAAAGCACAGCGCGAGAUGGCAAACGUACCACUAAACUAUUGAAUUCAAAUUGUACAUCGUGUCUUGCAGUUCACAGAGCGUCUUGCAAUAUAAUAAAAUGUGUAUAAAAAUUGUAAUCAUGAUGGUUAAUCGAACGAUGAUUGUAUAAUUAUGUAAACAUUAUUAAAUGCUUCUGGCCCGGCACGGCACGGCCGCCCGCUUCCCUGCCUGCCUCUUACCAUCCACGUGUCCUCAACAUCGUAUAACAACAUUUAUAACUUGUAACAACAGCUCCUCCGUCAGUCGCGACCCUAACGCCUAACGCCUACACUCAUAUUAAAAUAUACUUUGUACGAACUCUUAUAAUAAAAUUCCUAUCAAAGGAUAUAACUACGUUAAAAAACUAGAUUAUUCUAAAACGAUGUCUUCGCUGAGUUUAAAUCGACAUAUCUGUAAUGAAGAAGAAUCUGAAUUUAUCACCGACCAGUCGUUUAAAAUAUUUGUCAGAGAAUAGUACAUUUUCGUCAUUAUAUAUAACCUGGAGCGAAGACGAGACAUCAGCUAACAACGUCUGGAGCUCUCGGGAACUGGAAACAGAAUAAGUAUCAUACUGAUGAUGAGUUGUGACAUUUUAAAUAAAACGGUUUUAUGAA